AUGAUCAUCAACCUGACGGAGCACCCCUAUUUCCGCCUCGUCGACCCGUCCCCGGACGCGGCCGCGGCGCUGGAGGAUCUCGCGGUUGGGGACGCGGUGCCGCUGCUGAUCGUCGAGGCCCCCUCGCGCUACAUGGACUCCCUCCCGGGCAAGGGCGUGCGCUACCGGGCCAUAGAGGCCCUCCACGAGUGGUUCCGCGUGCUGGCGGGCGAGGCGGCCAUCAUCGGGCGCGUCGUCGACCUGCCGCACGGGGCCUCUCUCAUGCUCGACGACGUCCAAGACUCGUCCCCGCUGCGCCGCGGCAGCCCGUCCGUCCACAUGGUCUUUGGCAUCUAA